CCACUGGGCCAAGCUGAGCUGCUUAAAAGGCGGGUGGCCGGGGAGGAUGAGAAGACCAGAGCCUGCUCCCCAGGGCUGGAUGUGUGGGCUGCCUUUGCGCCUUCCUUCCUGCCGGUGCGUGGGGCACACGCAGCCUUCAGGGAAGUGUUUUGCAAUCACCUUUUCUCCAGAGCUUCGGAGCAAUUAACGACACAGGGUUUGAGGAACUAACGGCAAAAGCAACAUGCUGGAGCCUGGACAGGACACUCUGAUCUCCCGGGGCCCCGGGCCGGUCCUGAGGGCGAGCAGCACACUGGGGGCUGCGUGCACCGGGCGCUGAGAUGAGGUGAUGCCAAAGCCCCAGACAGGACCGUGGCCAAGCGCAGCGACAGGGGAAUGAUGCUGCCAUCCUCCCUGCUCGUUCUGCUGCUCCUGGGGGGAGCACAGGGCUGCGGUGUGGUGCAGGUGGAGCCCCGCACGGCACUGCUGGGAACCCCUGUCACGGCCUCCUGCCGCGUCCAGCGGGCCCACUGCCAUGGGUGGCCUGCGAGCUCCUUGGGGGCAGGCACAGCCCAGAGCCCUGGCAGAGGCGUGGAGGAGGGGGGCAUCCGGCUGAUGUGGAAGCUGGACAACAAGACCCUGCCCGGGACCCAGGACUGGAGUGCAAAUGGGACGGUCGAGUCCAACCUCACCAUCGCCCACGUCAGCUGGAGCAGGGCUAAACUGUGGUGCUACUUGGCGGGGAUGGGGACAGGGACGAAGAUGGAGACGCCCCAGCUCAUCGCCACAGCCGACAUCCAAGCGGGCUACCCACCCUCGAAGCCCCACAACCUGACGUGCAUGAUGAACCUCCAUGAGAAGUCCCUGACGUGCCACUGGGAUCCCGGAGCAGACAGCCUCCUGCCGACUAAGACCAUCCUGAAGAGCCGCAAGACCUGCAGGGUGGCCACAAAGGCUGUCCAGGAGUGCCGCCCAAGGCUGCCAGGGGAGAACCACUGCACCCUGCCGCACCAGCACCUGCAGCUCUACCAGGACAUGGAGCUGUGGGUGUGGGUGAGCAACGCCCUGGGCACGGCCGAGUCGGAGCACCUGUGCCUCGACCCCACCGAAGUGGCCAAACUGGACGCCCCCAUCCUGACGAGCGUGCAGCCCUUCCAGACCGACUGCGUGGCCGUGGCCUGGGACGUGGCGCCCAGCAGCGCCUACAUCGAGCAGCAGUGCGAGCUGCGCUACCGGGCGGCCACAGAGCUUGCCUGGACGCUGGUCUCCGACAUCAUCAGCCCCAACCAGAAGGUGCAGCACUGCGGCCUGCGCUUCGGGAUGCCGUACCGCCUGCAGAUGCGCUGCCGGCGCAGGACGUUCUCCAGCUACUGGAGCGACUGGAGCGUGGAGCAGGGCUUCACCACCCACGAGAAAGCCCCUGCAGGGAAGCCGGACGCCUGGUGGCAGGUGACGCCCUCAGGCUCUCGGCAGCGAGCCAAGGUGCAGCUGCUGUGGAAGGCCCUGGCGCAGCAGGAGGCAAACGGCAGGAUCCUGGGGUACUGGGUGGCACUGAGCCCACGGCAAAGGGGCGGGAUGCCGACCACUGUCUGCAACACAACAGAGAUGGGGUGCAACUUCUCCGUGCCCGCCGGCACGCGCAGAGUCUACCUGGCAGCCUACAACGCCGUCGGCACGGGGCCCCCCGCCGAGGUCAUCUUCCUGGAGAGGAGAGGACAGCCCCUGCGCGGGCUCUGGGCCACCCCCCGCGACCCGCACAGCCUGUGGGUGCAGUGGGAGGCGCCCGCAGCCCCGACCAGCGGCUACGUGCUCGAGUGGCGCAGCGUGCCCCCCACGGAGCCCGGCGGCCGUCCCGGCUGGCAGCUGGAGCGCAACCACAGCGUGACCGGGGCCCUGAUCCGAGAUGGCAUUGAGCCCUUCCGGCGGUACAACAUCUCUGUGUACCCUCUGUACGCAGACGCCAUGGGCAUGCUGCGACACACAGUCACCUACUCCCAGCAGAAGGCUCCCUCGAGCACCCCAAAACUGCACCUUAGGAGCAUCAGCAAGUACCAGGCUGAGCUCAGCUGGCAGCCGGUGCCCACGGAGCUGCAGAAUGGCUUCAUCACCAAUUACACCAUCUUCUGGGCCAGCACCUCUGCCAACAUGUCCAGUGCCGUCGUGGACUCUGAUGUCCAGGCCUUCACCAUCAAACCCCUGAAGCCUUCCACCACAUAUAAUGUGUAUAUCAUGGCUUCCACCGUGGCAGGCAGCACCAAUGGCACCGUCCUCACGCUCACAACCACAGCACUGGACACCACUGAGAUCCAGUUCCUUCUGCUGUGCCUCAGCCUCAUCUUUGUCCUGCUCAUUGUGUUCACCGUCUGCCUCCAAAAGAAUGGGAGGAUGAAGAAGCAGUUCUGGCCCAGCGUCCCUGACCCGGCCAACAGCAGCCUCGGCAAGUGGGUUCCCACAGACCUGCAGCAGGAGACACUGCACACCCCGAGCCUCAGGGACCUGGGCCCUGUGCCCAUCUCCACCAUCACGGUGCUCAAAAGGGCAGCACGGAAGCAGGUGCUCCUCUGGGGCAAGAAGGAGCCCGAACCCGCCAUGGCAGCAGGCUUCCCCGCCCUGCCCCAGCCCUACGCGCACCAGCACGGAGGGACGCGGCCCUACGUGAACACGGCCGGGGCCGGGGCCGAGCCCGUGCAGUACGCCCGAGUGGUCGGGGACGGCUACCGCGGCCAGCAGCAGGCCCCGCCGCCCCUCUACCUGCGCUCCGACUCCACGCAGCCGCUGCUGGGGGACGCCUCGCCCAGCCCCAAGCCCUACGAGAACCUGUGGUUCCCCGGCGCCCCGGCGGACGACCUGCUCUUCCCGGAGGAGCCGCUCCUCGACUUCCCCCUGCUGCGGGGCCUCAAGAUCGACGGCGCCGAGGACCUGCGCGGCUUCCCCAGCGUCUAGCGCGGCCGCGGCCCGGGCCGCGGCCUGGGCCAGCGCCGACACCG